AUGCAGUGCCAGGCGGUGUUAGAGGAGCGCUUGGUUCGCUCCACCUCUCCCUCCCUGCUGACAGCCACGGUGGGGCAGAGAGUCCUCAGCCGGCUGGAUGACGGGUCAGGAUGCACCAGCCCCGAACGCGUCAUCACUCUCUGGACCGAGGAGGGCAUCCGGAACAGCCAGGAAAUCCUGCAGACUCUGGACUUCCCUCUGGAGGAGCGAGUCAGUCUGGCAGACCUGACUCUGGCUCUGGACAACGAGAUGCUGGUCAGCGGGAACGGAAUCCACCAGGCGGCCCUCCUCUCCUACAAGAACGAGAUCCAGCACCUGCAGUAGGUUUCCUUCCCCACACACAC